CCGUCUGCUCGCCCUCGCUGUGCCCGUCCGUGCGCUCCGCUCCCUCGGGCCGGUGCCGGAAGCGGCGGCGCCCCCGGGCCCGCCCGUCGGGGCGGCCGCUCCCGGGCUCCGGGAAGGGGCGGAGGGCCCGGCAGGUGCCGCGGCAGGGACGGAGGGAAGGGAGGGACGGAGGAUGGCGGCGGGGGACCCGGAGCAGGCGCGGUACUGCGGGCGGCUCUCCUACCUGUGCCUGAAGCUCACCCUCAUCACCUACUCCACCACGUUCUGGGUGAUUGGAGCCCUCGUUCUGGCCAUUGGGAUUUAUGCAGAAAUUGAAAGACAGAAGUACAAAACUCUAGAAAGUGCCUUUUUAGCCCCAGCAAUUAUUUUAAUACUUUUGGGCAUUGUGAUGUUCCUGGUGUCCUUUGUGGGUGUACUGGCUUCUCUAAGAGACAAUUUAUGCCUUCUGCAAGCAUUCAUGUACAUCCUUGGUAUCUGCUUGCUGAUUGAACUGACAGGUGGAGUAGUGGCCCUGAUCUUCAGGAACCAGACGAUCAAAUUUUUAAAUGAUAAUAUUAGAAGAGGAAUUGAGAAUUACUAUGAUGAUUUAGACUUCAAGAACAUAAUGGAUUCUGUUCAAAAGCAGUUUAAGUGCUGUGGUGGGGAGGAUUAUAGAGAUUGGUCCCAAAAUGUGUACCACAACUGUGCAGCUCCAGGACCACUGGCUUGUGGGGUGCCCUACACUUGCUGCAUCAGAAAUAAGACAGACAUUAUCAACACCAUGUGUGGGUACAAAACCAUUGACCAAGAGCGCCUGAGCGUUCAGCACAUCAUCUACGUCCGAGGGUGCACGAACGCUGUGCUCAUUUGGUUUUUGGACAACUACACCAUCAUGGCUGGCGUGCUGCUCGGCAUAUUGCUGCCCCAGUUCCUGGGCGUGCUGCUGUCCUUGCUGUACAUCACCCGGGUGGAGGACAUCAUCACGGAGCACAAGCUGAGCGAGAGCCUGUGGGGAGACGCGCGCCCCAGAGCCACCCCCAAGCUCUCUGGAGCUGGCUGCUGCAUGUGUUACCCGGGCUGACCUGGGGAGCCCAAAGUGCAGCUGCAACCAGGCAAACCCAGCAGCUUUGGUCCCUGCUGGCCGCUCCAGACUUGUGGGGUGGUGAAGCAGCCAGGGCUGUGUGAGAGCCAGGACACAGCGGAGGGGCCCCGCACGGAGCUGCUGGACAAAUGUUGUGGAUCACUGCAUCUCCUUCAGAGUGAUUGCUGAGUGAUGGCACAGCCAGGAAAAAAAAAUGGAGAAGAUUUGGACGUCGAUUUCUAGGAUUUCUUUGCAUCUUGGGGUCUCGUAUCUAUGUUUGUCCUUUGCCAACUUUAUUUUU